GUUCUUCUGUGUUUACAGCUUGUCUAUGCAUGCCAAGACGGACGUCGUCGCGUCGAGUCGCAUGGUUUUUCAUAAAAUUGUUGACGUUGGCUGUCUUUAUUUUACUUGACACGGCGUCUAAAAACUUGGCGCUCCUGCACAAGACGCUGAAAAACCACCUGGACACGGCGCAACGGUCAAAGACCUCCGUCUAGCGCCUGUUUACAUUAAAAAAAAAAAAAAUAACAUUGAAAGAGCGCAGCGCGUUCGGUGUGUACCGUGUGGGACACUAUUGAAAUUCAACUUUUAAAAACGCUGCUCGAGACCAGCUUUUUGUUCUCGUUACGCUGCGUCUUUUUUGUAGCGCAAGAACGCGUUCGGUCUGAACGGCCUCUUUUCGUCACUUAAAACCUUCAUCUGUUCCCAAAAACAAUUUACUUAUGACAGUUGGGUGCAGUUGUCGUCUAUUUUAUAAAACUUUUUAAAAAUCCGAUUGCAAUCGGUUGAAUCAGUCUGUUCGCGUGCCUCAUAUGGCAACAGUACCCUUACAAAUAUGCAAGUGAUCUCUUAGUUUACGUUUAGAAUAACAUUUUUCUCAAACGUUAUCAUAGAAAAGACGUGUUGGGUUGUCAGCACCUUGAAGUCUCUCUCUCUCUCUCUCUCUCUCUCUCUCUCUCUCUCUCUCUCUCUCUCUCUCUCUCAGUGUGUUAAAGUUUGCUCUGGGAGAGUUUGCUUAUGUUCUGUGUGAAGGGCAGGGUCGACACAGCCACAGGAGGCGGGUGUUAUUGGGACAUUGUGCGGAACAGGAAUUCGAGGAAAUUUGGUGAUAAAACAACAGGUGAAAAGAGAAAUCAGUGCAGACGUGCUGGAUCAGCCGGUUCAUUCUCUGUUUACAUGCAGGUUUGCCUCAUGGCAGCCAUAACAUGUUCCCCUCAAUCCUAGGACAGAAGACUUCAUUGAAGUCAAGAUUGCUGUCUUAUCUGCUUGUAGGUUCUUCAGCGCUCUCCAUCUGAAUUCAUCACAAGCCAUCCCUUUCAUCUCUUUAUUUAGCACUUAGAGAAACUGCUGCCUGCAUCACAUGGAGAUUGAUAUGGAUGACUGAGGAGCCUCUUACUGGAUAAAUAUCGUAAUUGCAUUGGAUCUGCAUGCACCGUAACAAGGUAAGCUGUGUGUGAUUGCGUGGGAGGGUGUGUGUGUGUGUGUGUGUGUGUGUGUGUGUGUGUGUGUGUGUGUGUGAAUUCAAAGGGAGGACGCUGACUGAAGCGAUGAACCGCUUGCCGUGUGACAUGCAGCAAUGCCCGCGGGAUUGGCUGAGCCGAGCAAUGAUGUCAGCAAGCCUCCCUCCCUCCUAGCAGCUCUCUCUCCCCAUCCCUCCCUCCCUCUCUUUUUCUCUCUGUCUCUCUCCACUUUGCUUUUCUCCUUGCCUCCUUUUGAGCAUCCUUGGUGAUCGUGUAGAAUACAGCCGCAGUGGCUAGAAGCAGCAUCCAUGGCCUAAACACGGACCCCUAACCAUCCGACGGCCCAUUGUACAAGGGACACUGGGACUUUAAAACAGAGGGUUUAGGAGGCUGGAAGAGUGAUCUAUCUCGCUUUGUUACAUCUCACCAUCUGGUAACCAGGGGCUUCUCUUCUCCCCUCCUCCUAUUUCAGGCUUCUUGGAGAUAGAGGAAUGCUAAUCUGCAAUCAUGAUGGAAGGAUUGAAAAAACGCACCAGGAAGGCCUUUGGGAUACGGAAGAAAGAAAAGGACACUGACUCAACGGGGUCACCAGACAGAGAUGGUGGACCACAGAAAAAGUCCAAUGGGGCUCCAAAUGGCUUCUAUGGGGAGAUUGAUUGGGAAAGAUAUAAUUCUCCUGAGGUAGAUGAAGAAGGCUAUAGCAUAAGGCCAGAAGAAGAAGAGGGAGCAGUCCAGAAAGAGAAGACUCACUUUUUCUCCUCUAGUGAGUCUGAAGAAGAGGAGGACCACCGCAAAAAGUUUAAGAUCAAGAUCAAACCCCUGCCGGUAGACCCUAGCAUUGCAGCUCCCUCGGUAGAUGAAUUAAAAGCCUCCAUAGGCAACAUAGCUCUGUCUCCCUCGCCUCUGAGACGUAGCCCGGGUCUGGCAAAGAGAAAUACACCCGGUGAAGAAAUUGCACGACCGAGACGUGCUGUUCCGACGCUUGUACAAGCUCCUGCCCCUUCCCCAACACCUGCACCUGUUUCUGAGCCCGCUAGUAAUAAGAAAUCUCCUGUGCCAGAGGAUGCAACAGCCUUAUUCGGUCCUCCGCUGGAGACAGCCUUUGAUGAGCAGAAGACCAGUGAAGUGGUGAUAGAGGAACCUGAGGUUUGGGGUGCACCCCUGCCUGAGCAACACCCAGACUCCACUCUGGCAAGACCUUUUCCUACAGGAACACUGCCUCCGCUUCCGCCUAAGAAUGUGCCGAGCUCCCCCCCUCCAAGUGAAUCUCCUGCUACAGAACCUACUGAUGUGCAGAAUGAAGAGGAUGGUUCAAGGCAGUCCUUACAGAGGACUUCCAUAGCUGAUCUGGACAACAUCUUUGGCCCAGCGGACUCCCCAAAACCUGGUCAAGAUGCUGAAGACAAGUGGGUCUGCUUCAGCGACGAGUCGCUUGAAAGACCUCCGCCUUCAGAGCACGAGACUCCACCUCCACUUCUCUCAUCUCCACCUCACCCAGCAGAACCAGCACCUCCAUUACCUAAAUCCCCACCACCACAAGAGGAGCCUAACUCUCCUUUACUAAAAUCUCCACCUUCUCAGACAGAGCCUGCACCUUCUCUUCCAUCCAGUGAACCACCAAGAGAAAGUCCCCCACCACCCCCUACAGUCCUGCCCCAUCCCAAAGACACCACUCCUGCUCCCCCAACUGUCCCGCCUCCUCCAGUUGAAGAGGCCCCAUCCCUACCAGCACCAGAUGAUCCUUCACACUCCACUACAGACUUGUCACUAUGUGCUCUUCUGACAGAGACACAAUCAAACUCAACCAACAGCCAACCAUCUACUCUAGAGACAAGUGCAUGCAAAAUGCCUCCAACCCUGCUUCUGAACCAGGUGGAGAAGAAGAAUCCUGAGGAGAUCCCAUCAAAAGAGGACCCCAGUGAGAGAAGCACUUCACCCAAAGAGAUAAGUCAAGGACCACGUUCGACACCACCACCUCCUCCUCCACCUCCCACAUACAGGGCGGUAGUGUCAUCCCUAGGACCCAUCCCUCUAACUGGUACAGGUGGAAAUGAAAGUGGCUCCUCCUCCCCUGCACGUCCCUCUACGCCAUUGGCUACCAGCAGCUCUCCCCCUCCCCCUCCCCCACCUCGGCCACCCUCACGACCAAAACUGCCUCCUGGAAAACCAAGCGUAGGGGACGUGAAUCAGCCGUUCAGCCCCCCUAUGCACUCUUCAAGCCCCCCGCCUUUGGCUCCGCUGGCCCGGGCGGAAAGCACUUCUUCCAUCUCCUCCACCAACUCACUGAGUGCUGCCACCACGCCCACUGUCGGUAAAGAGCUUGCAGUGUCUGUGUCAGAAGAUGACGCUUUUGUAGACAAACUACCCAGCUUUGAGAGAUGGGCAGACUUGCCAGCAGAGACAGACCAGCCCUCCCUCGUAUGGUUUGACAGAGGCAAGUUUUAUUUAACAUUUGAAGGCUGUUCUCGAGGGCCCAGUCCCCUCACCAUGGGGGCCCAGGACACACUACCUGUGGCUGCAGCUUUCACAGAGACAGUCAGUGCCUACUUCAAAGGAGCUGACCCUAAUAAGUGUGUGGUGAAGAUCACUGGAGAGAUGGUGUUGUCCUUCCCAGCAGGGAUCACACGGCAUUUUGCAAAUAACCCCUCGCCCGCUGUGCUAACCUUCAGCAUAACCAACUACAGUUGUCUGGAACACGUCCUGCCUAACCCUCAGUUACUGUGCUGUGACACCACACCGUCCAAUCCAGACUCAAAGGAGUUCUGGGUGAAUAUGCCAAACCUGAUGACCCAUUUAAAGAAGGUGGCAGAGCAGAAACCACAGGCAACAUACUACAAUGUAGACAUGCUGAAAUAUCAGGUAUUGCAGAAGGGUCUACAGUCCACUCCUCUAAAUCUGGCAGUGAGCUGGAGGUGUGAGCCUACCAGUACCGAUCUGAGAAUAGACUACAAAUACAAUGGAGGGGCCAUGACCACUCCUGUCGCCCUCAACAAUGUUCAGUUCCUCAUCCCAGUGGACGGAGGGGUCAACAAACUGCAGGCUGUGCUUCCCCCAGCUGCCUGGAAUGCAGAGCAGCAGAGAAUCUUAUGGAAGAUUCCGGAUAUUUCACAGAAGUCUGAAAAUGGAGGUGUGGGAUCUCUGCUGGCUCGUUUCCAGCUUACAGAUGGUCCCAGUAAACCUGCCCCAGUGGCAGUGCAGUUCACCAGCGAGGGCAGCACUCUGUCAGGCUGUGACAUUGAGCUGGUUGGCCUUGGAUAUCGUUUCUCCCUCAUCAAGAAGAGAUUUGCAGCAGGAAAAUACAUGGGAGAUAUCUAAACAACAUCUAUGAUCCAUGCAAGUCUGCAUAUUUUGGACCAAUUAAGAAGUAAAACUCCGGACAGAUCAAUACCCUGACCCCUACCUGACCUAAUGAAUAAAACAGGUGGACUUCAUUCACUCCAGCAGUAUUAUUCGAGUUGAAUUAUUAAAAUGUGGACCAUUUUAGGAUGUUCUUAUAUUUUAGAACUGUAUUCACUUUACAACAUCUGUAUUACAGCAGUUAAACAACCUGGGUUUGUCUGUAAGGUUUAGCCUCUUUUUCUGUCCAAUGUGUUGUUGGCUGUGCCUACCUGAACCUGAAUAUCUCUGUAUACCUCUCUAAAAGUGAUACAGAAAAUCUAAUGUUUUAUUACUCUAUGCAUUCAGUUGGUCAGAGGUAUCACACUUUCAGAAAAUGUAUCAAAAUAUCUAAAGUUCUAAGGAUGGUAAACUGAAUCUAAAACAUACUGGAAGAGGAAUGAGCCUCUAUGCCACUAGAUGGCGCUAUAUUGUUGCAUGUAGGAUGAGAUCCAUACAGGAUUUGGUAUUACUAAAGCUUAAUUAGGCUUGAAAAGGUAUUCUCAUUUUAAUUUACUCAGUACAGUCAGGUUAAAGUCAUUAAUUGGAAAUCUAUAGAAAUUAUAUUUUGUCUGAAUUUUUAGACAGCCACAGCUUUAAGAAUCUCCUGCUUGCAAUAGACACACACACACACACACACACAAAAUGUCCUCAACAAAAAAAAUGUAUAAUAUAAUAUAGUGUGUGUGUGUGUGUGUGUGUAUGUAUGUAUGUAUGUAUGUAUAUAUAUAUAUAUAUAUAUAUAUAUAUAUAUAUAUAUAUAUAUAUAUAUAUAUAUAUAUUAUACAGUAUAUCUUGAAGGAUGUUUUGUGUUUUCUGGUAUGUUAAAUAGCCUUUCUGUUGUUCCCAUGGGAACAGUGUUAGACAUCAGAGUACAUGACAUCAUUAUAUUUUUAUUUAUUCAUGAUGAUUUGUUGUAAAUGUAAAAAAUAAAAAUAAAAAAAUACACUGAA